UUGUUCGGAUUUAUUGGACUGAGCCCAGACCUGGUAUUUUAUUCGGACAAAAUAUUUUGUCCGAACCCUAUUUUCUGACAGGAUUGUAUAUCCGUACCCGAUUACUUUUCGGGUCGGACUAGGUUGGUCAACCAGGUACAUAUUUUGCCACCUCUAGCUACCGGGAUAUGCCACUCAGAUAGCCAUACAAUUUGCCUUCAUCUUGCGUUAUGACUUGCAAAUCUUUUGAUCUUUUUUUUUUUUUUUUUGGGUGCUGUAAUUGUAAAAUGCUUAGCUAAGAGUUUCAUCUGAGAUAAGCAAUGGUGCGGUCAUUCUCAACAUGGAUUGCGACAUGUACUCAAACAAUUCCGAAACUAUAAAAGACGCAUUGUGUUUCUUCAUGGAUGAGGACAAGGGCCAUGAGUUUGCUUAUGUUCAGCUGCCGCAACGUUUCAAUAACAUCACCAAGAAUGACAUUUAUGCCAACUGCUUGAGAACUGAAUAUGAGGUGGAGUUUCAUGGAUUGGAUGGAUUUGGUGGGCCUCUAUAUGUGGGAUCUGGUUGUUUUCAUAGAAGAGAGAGUCUCUGUGGAAAGAAAUAUGAGUCUAAUAAAGCAGAGAUGAAAUAUAACAAAAGGAACACUAGAGCAGAUGCAUCAACUCUUGAAGAGAAAGCAAAGAGUCUCAUAACCUGUACUUUUGAGGACAACACUGAAUGGGGAAAGGAGGUGGGGCUGAAGUAUGGGUUCCCGGUAGAGGAUGUGAUCACUGGCUUGUCAAUCCAAUGCAGGGGGUGGAAAUCCAUCUACUUCAACCCCCCAAGGGUGGGCUUCUUAGGGGUUGCCCCUGUGACACUGGCGCAAACCCUAGUUCAGCACAAAAGGUGGUCUGAGGGAAAUUUCCAGAUAUUCUUGUCCAAGUAUAACCCCUUACUCUAUGGGCACAAGAAAAUAAAGCUUGGGCUUCAACUUGGCUAUAACAUCUAUUUCCUUUGGGCCCCUUGCUCCUUCCCAACAAUUUAUUAUGCUAUCAUCCCCUCCUUCGCUCUCCUCCAUGCCAUCUCCUUAUUCCCCAGUGUUCACAGCAUUUGGUUUGCACCGUUUGCUUAUGUUAUUGGUGUAACAACUAUACAUAGCUUGUGGGAGUCCAAAAAGGUUGGAUAUACACUUAAAGGAUGGUGGAACGAGCGAAGAAUGUGGCUUUUCAAGAGAUUGGCUUCUUACCCAUUUGCUGCCACUGAUGCCUUCCUGAAGCUACUCGACGUGAAGAAAUUGGCAUUUAUUGUCACCGCUAAGGUGGCCGACGAGGAGGUCUCAAAGCGGUACGAGAAAGAAGUCAUGGAGUUCGGAUCGGCGUCUCUCAUGUUCAUCAUUCUAUCAGCGCAUGCAGUGUUUUGCCUGCUUUGCCUUCUAGGGGGAGUUAAGAAGUUGGUGUUGGAUGGAACUGGAGAGAUGAGUUCCAUGUUGGUGCAACUUACAGUAACUGGGGCUAUCACCCUAAUAAACAUGCCCAUCUAUCAAGCCAUGUUUUUAAGGGUUGAUGGUGGAUGCAUGCCGAUAUCCGUCACUAUUAUAUCGGUCGGAUUGGCAAUGCUAGCUUGUAUAAUAGGAACAAAGUAGUAAUUCCUGUACAUAAGAAUAAGGUUUAAAGUGCCGUGACACAGAAGCGUGCCACUGUUUGCCAGGCACGGUACGGCACCAACACGUUUUCGUACCGACACAUAGUACGCUUGCGUGCAAAUGGAUACGCAUGAUCCCCUAGCACGUUUUGGCACGAACUUAUUUUAAUUUUUUUUUUAUUUCAA